UGCCUUUGCAGUCGAACAAAUGUGGCCUACUGAACGCAAACGAAUUAAAGUUUGCUAAAAUUCCGUUCGAGCAUGUCGAAGAUCAAGCGAUAUUUUACAAAAAAGAAGGAGGAGGUCGCCUUCAGGCUUCGACUGCGCAGCGGCAUGGGCCAGGGACGACAGCUGAACGCGGCCCAGCCGUACGCAACGCCCAGCAUUCUGCGGCGCAUCCGGGCUGCCCAUGUGCCGCCCCAGCGCCAGCAGCAGCACGUUGAGACGAGCGCCGCCGCCGCGAAUCUCGUCCUGCUGAGCAUGAUGCGCAAGUAUAGUUGGUCUGAGGCAGCGGCAAGGCCGCAGCGUGAAGCUAUCAAGGUGCUGCCCACCAUGUCCUCGACGGGGGAGCAGCAGGAGCUAGCCUGCGAGGGUGUGUUCUUUCGCUGCCCAGAGCUGAGCACGGAGGUGCUGACCAAGCAAGCGUGGCAGCUGAAGAUCAAGAACAUGCUCCAGCGACAGCUGGAGCACGAACGUGGCCUGGCCGGCUGCCUAAUCAUACGCAAUUGCAAUCCCACGGAGCAGGCCGACGAGUGUCGAGAUGCACUCGUCCAGUAUUUGGAGAACAUUAUCCAGAGUCCAGACCAGGAGCAGUUCUCGAAAAUCCGCAUGUCUAAUACCAUAUUCAAUGACAGGGUGCGUUACGUGAAUGGCGCCCUCGAUGUGCUCCAUGCGGCUGGCUUUGAUGAAGUCGCCAUCAAUGGGCAGCCAUUUCUGGUCUGGAGCAAGGAGCGCAUUGAACUGGAUCUGGACAUACUGGUGGAAACUCUAAAGCACACACAGCCCAUCAAACUAAUAUUGGAUCGCAAACCCAAGGUGUUGCAGCCCGUGCAGGCGAUUCCCGUUCAGCUGCCCGACGACUUCUAUCGCAGGUCGGCGAAGGACACCAUCGAGGGCAGCCAAAUGCCGAUGACCGGGACGAUGCGGCAGUGCAUCUAUAGCCACACCCUGAUACGCAUCAAAUUGCCCAAUGGACUGUAUCUGCAGGGCACCUUCGAUGUCAACGAGAAGGUUUCCGUUAUUUUUGAUUUCGUGCGAUCCUGCCUGUCGGAUGAGACCCUUCCGUUCGACUUGGCGGGCAAACUGAACGCCGGCGACAUGGACAAGACCCUGUACGAUUGCAAGCUGGUCCCAAAUGCCGUGCUGCUCCUUACGGUGCCGGGCCUGGACGAUGCGCUGGCCAUUGGCGUCUCCUUCCUAAAGGAGCAGCUGCAGCAGCAGCAGCAGCAGCUCUUCUAGGGAGUUCCUUUUAUAUUUUUAUACUCCAUUCUACACAC